AUGGGUGACACCAAGGAAGACAUAAGCCUCGCCUACGCCUAUCCUCUCUGCAAGGUGACGGACAUGCCGGACGACAUGAGGACCGAGGCGAUGGAGGCCACCGUCACCGCCGUCGAGAAGUACUCGGACAAUUACGAGACGGCCGCGCGCAUGGUCAAGGACCUGCUCGACAAGAAGUUCGGCGCGCCCUUCAACGUGGUGAUCGGCGAGGACUACAGCUACUGCUGCACCCACCAGGAGAAGUCGAUGCUGCUCAUGUUCACCAACGGCAACGUGGCGGCCCUCAUCUGGCGCACCGUCGCCAGCUUUGGAUAG